CUUGACACUGCAGUGGGGGAAGAGCACGGGAGACCAAGAGCAAGGGCCCCGCGAGGAGGCAGCGGUGGAGCAGCACCCCGUGGCCAGCCUGUUUGGAUUGCAAGAGGGACUCUUGAGACUGCUUCAGAAGCAGGGCAGUGGGGGCAGGCCGAACAAGGGAUGGCUCCUCUCCUUCUGGGCUGUCAUGGGAAGAACACGGAUGAGCUCUUGGAGUCAGGCAGAGCUGCCCUCUGCGGGGACUCGCUUGCGUGUAGAGCGCGCUCACUGGACAUCUCGGAGCCUCUUUGUCUUUAUGUACGCCCUGCUGGCAGACUUGGAGUCCACCACCUCCCACAUCUCCAAACGGCCCGUGUUCUUGUCCGAGGAGACCCCCUACUCAUACCCAACUGGAAACCACACAUACCAGGAGAUUGCCGUGCCACCCCCUAUCCCGCCGCCGCCGUCCAGUGAGGCCCUCAAUGGCACGAUCCUUGACCCCUUAGACCAGUGGCAGCCCAGUGCCUCCAGAUUUAUCCACCAGCAGCCUCAGUCCCCGUCACCCGUGUACGACUCUGGUGCCAAAACUUCCAGUGCCUCUGUCCCUCAGGACGGCGCAGGCCCUCCGUGUUCCCGAGCCGGUGAGGAAGAGCACGUCUACAGUUUUCCCAAUAAGCAGAAGUCGGCUGAGCCUUCACCCACGGUGAUGAGCUCCUCCCUGGGCAGCAACCUUUCUGAACUUGACCGCCUGCUGCUGGAACUGAACGCGGUGCAGCAUAACCCCCCAGGCUUCCCUGCAGAUGAGGCCAACUCGAGCCCCCCGCUGCCUGGGGCUCUGAGCCCCCACUAUGGCAUCCCGGAGAAUAACAGCCCACUGGGGGGCAAAGCCGGGCCCCUGAUGAAAGAGAAGCCCAAGCGGAAUGGGGGCCGCGGGCUGGAGGAUGUGCGGCCCAGCGUGGAGAGUCUCUUGGAUGAACUGGAGAGCUCCGUGCCCAGCCCCGUCCCUGCCAUCACUGUGAACCAGGGCGAGAUGAGCAGCCCUCAGCGAGUCACCUCCAGUCAGCAGCAGACACGUAUCUCAGCCUCCUCUGCCACCAGGGAGCUGGACGAGCUGAUGGCCUCCCUUUCGGAUUUCAAGAUCCAGGGCCUGGAACAAAUGGCGGAUGGAGAAGCGUGGGCGGCCGGCUGGCCUCCGAACGACAGGCAGAGCAGUCCCGAAGGGCAGGACGAGGGAGGGUUCAUGGCCCAGGGGAAGACGGGGAGCAGCUCUCCCCCUGGGGGGCCCCUGAAGCCUGGGAGCCAGCUGGAUAGUAUGCUGGGGAGCCUGCAGUCUGACCUGAACAAACUGGGGGUCGCCACGGUUGCCAAAGGAGUCUGCGGGGCCUGCAAGAAGCCCAUUGCCGGGCAGGUCGUGACUGCCAUGGGAAAGACGUGGCACCCGGAGCACUUCGUCUGCACCCAUUGCCAAGAGGAGAUCGGAUCCCGGAACUUCUUCGAGCGGGAUGGACAGCCCUACUGUGAAAAGGACUAUCACAACCUCUUCUCUCCGCGCUGUUACUACUGCAACGGUCCCAUCCUGGAUAAAGUGGUGACAGCCCUUGACCGGACGUGGCACCCCGAGCACUUCUUCUGCGCCCAGUGUGGAGCCUUCUUUGGUCCCGAAGGGUUCCAUGAGAAAGACGGCAAGGCCUACUGCCGGAAGGAUUACUUUGACAUGUUCGCACCCAAGUGUGGCGGCUGUGCCCGGGCCAUCCUGGAGAACUACAUCUCGGCCCUCAACACUCUCUGGCAUCCUGAAUGCUUUGUGUGCCGGGAGUGCUUCACGCCCUUCGUCAACGGCAGCUUCUUCGAGCACGACGGGCAGCCCUACUGUGAGGUGCACUACCACGAGCGGCGAGGCUCACUCUGCUCCGGCUGCCAGAAGCCCAUUACGGGCCGCUGCAUCACCGCCAUGGCCAAGAAGUUCCACCCGGAGCACUUCGUCUGUGCCUUCUGCCUCAAGCAGCUCAACAAGGGCACCUUCAAGGAGCAGAACGACAAGCCUUACUGUCAGAACUGCUUCCUCAAGCUCUUCUGCUAGGCGCCCUUCACGGCCCCCCUGCCCUGGCCCAGCCUCUCCAACUGCUACUGUGACCCAGAGGCCUUGCCCAGGGGUGAAGGGGCAAACUGAAACUGGAACCCAUGUCCUCGGCUGGUGCAGGAUGGCCAGAGGGCCUGCUCUCCUCUCCCCUGCCAGAGCCUCUGGGCCUUCCUCCUCCUGUAGCCUUCCCCCGGCUCCCCGGAGGUGGAGGCUGGAGGGCCCCGCCCUACGCCAUGUGUGUCCCCAUGAACCCGCCUGGCCAGGCCAGCACCCCACACUGGAGCCAUCUCUUACUCAUACUUCGGCAGUGGAGCUAGGGGGAAUGGCAGGCAGGGUCAGAUAGGGUCUUUUUUUAUCCAUCUCCCCCCAUCCUGACCUAAUUAUCCUUGCCCUGAGUGUUUUGGGGGAUACCGGCUCUCUUCAGACGAUGCCAGCAUAAAUCCAUCUAUCCAAGGGCAGAGGUGUUCGAGGGGCCGUGGAAGGUUUCUUGCGCUCCUCCUGCGCUUCCAGUCUCCCCAGGCCUGGGCCACUGCCCCUCGACCCCCCAUAACUGCUCUGGUUCUACUGAGAAAGGCCUCUCCAGCAAUAAUGUUUUAUAGUCACUUCCUCCGUCUCUGGGACGGCGUGAGGUGGGGAGUUCCCCCCCAUGCCUGGACACUGUACCGACUUUGAUAGAUUUCUACACUGAGGUUUGAAUUCAUAUCAUCUGAGUUGCUUUUACUUCUCUAUACAAAAUGAUUUUGAAGAGAUUUUAAAGAUGUCCCCUUUUGUACUCCCCUCAUCCAUGCCACUGGUCCUGUUGGUGACAAUGGCUGUGGUAUGGGGUUUGCCUUGUACUGAGGGCUUGGGGUGGGGAAGCAAUUUGUAUUUUAUUUUUUCUUCGCACAAGCAGGUGAACUGGGAGCAGCUCUAUGACUCCCCUUCCUUAACUUCACAGCUCAACAGGACUGUUUUAUAAACUGCUGUAUUUUAAAACCCCUUCCUGGAUACUACCUGGGCCAGCAAGCUCUUAACUGAAACUGGCCUCAGGGUGUCUUGCCCUUUGGGGCCUAGAAUUCUGAACCUCAUCCAUCCUGUUCUUGGGGGAGAAGGGGGAACUACACUUUGGGGGUGCUGAUUCCUGUCUGAGUAAGCCAUCAGAAGCAUUUGCUCCCCUGUGAACUUCUUGGCAACAAAGAGAACCCACUGAACAUUCUUGGCCUCCUCACCGCUUCUCUGUGGCUCUUCUGCCUUCUCAGGAAAGCUGGUAUUUGGCGUUGACCAUUGGUCUUGUUGAUUCCAGAGGGCCCACCAUUUCCUCAAACUUCCUGCCCUCCCUGAAGGCUGGAGGUCUGGGGAAUAGGACCCAGGUGGUUGCAAGCGGGCCUGAUAGGACUCUGGGCAGAGAGACAGGAUCCUGCUAACAUAGUGGGAAGCCCCCAGAGCUCUGGCCCCCACGGAUGAAACAGGAGCAGGCAGGCCUGGGGUUCUGGGUCAGCAGAAAGGGGCUCCCGUGGGGUCUAAAGUGAGGAAGAUCCCGACCACUCCACUAGCCUCGUACCAGAGGCUGAGCAUGCAGGGGUCUCCGAAGAGGUUCCCCUCCUUUGAGGCAGGACUGGGAGCAGCCCCGGUCUGAGGAGGUCAGCCAGGCCCCUCCAAAGGUCUGAUGUCUCCACUUCCACCCAUAGGCCUUAUUGCUCUGUUUACAGUGACCUGCCCCAGGCCCCUCCCCUAGGGGGACUGGGGUUUCUGGGGUCCACCCUCUGGGUCAAUGGUUAUUUGAUGAUUUUAUUCCUCUGUAAACUUCUAACCUGGCUUUUCCCCAUGUCAAUUCCUGUGAUUUAUGCCAAUAAAGUUUGCCAUUAUUUUCACCCA